AUGAAUAUUAGUGUAUCAACUGAAUUUACAGAACAUGAACAAAAUAUAUUAAAAAAAAGAUUAAUGUUUAAUGACAAUGUUCUUAAUUUUUAUUUAGAAUACCUUGAAAAGAAAUAUGGAGAUAAAUCAGUAUGUGUUUUAUCAACAUUUUUCUUUGAAAAUAUGAGAAGAGCAAAUGAUCCAAAUGUUGAUAAAGAAGGUCAAUUUUAUCACUGUUCUAGAUGGUUUAGUAAAAAAGAUUUAGAAUUAAAAGACCUUGAAUAUAUUAUAAUUCCAAUUAACGUAGAAAGACAUUGGACAUUAUUAAUUUAUUGUCUUCAAAGUGAUAGAAUGUUAAAAGGAGGUAAAAGAAAAUUUUGUGAAGAAUAUGAAUUUGAUCAACGAUUAAAUUUAUUAAAUGAACAAAUAAAAAUGCUUGCACAAGAAGUUCAAAUGAAUUUAUCAUCAGUUGAUGAAAAUAAUAUAAUAAGUGAACAUAAAUACAAUGAAUGUAUUUUAUUAAUAAAUAAAAUGAAAGAAUUAAUUAAUCAUUUUGAAAUUACUGAAUUUGAAGAAGAAAAUAAAAGGAUUAAUGAAGAUAUUCCAUUAAAUGAAAUAGCUCCAUGUGUUUUAAACUUAGACUCAUUAAAUAUAAGUAAUACACCAAAAUUUUUAUCUUAUACUAUUAAUGAAUUUAUUGCUUGGAUGUAUCAAAGAAUUAAUAUUUAUUGGGAUGAUCUUGAAGUUAAUUGUAUUCAUGUUAAUGUACCACAACAACCAUCUAAUUGGGAAUGUGGUGAAUAUUUAUUAUAUUUUGUUAGAAUAUUUCUUCAAUACAAACCAAAGACUAUUAAAGAAUUUCGUUCUUUCUUAUUUACUGAAGACCCAACAAAAGAAAGAGAUUUAAUACAAAAUGCAGCAAUUGAAAUGGGAUUUCAUUAA